GGCGGUGGGAGCGAUGACGGAACUAAGACGGUGGUAGCGGUUGUGUGAAGAUGGAGUUUCCCGGAGGAAACGACAAUUACCUGACGAUCACAGGGCCCUCGCACCCCUUCCUGUCAGGGGCCGAGACAUUCCAUACACCAAGCUUGGGUGAUGAGGAAUUUGAAAUUCCACCUAUCUCCUUGGAUUCUGACCCCUCACUGGCUGUCUCAGAUGUAGUUGGCCACUUUGAUGACCUGGCAGACCCGUCCUCUUCACAGGAUGGCAGCUUUUCAGCCCAAUAUGGGGUCCAGACAUUGGACAUGCCUGUGGGCAUGACCCAUGGCUUGAUGGAGCAGGGUGGGGGGCUCCUGAGUGGGGGCUUGACCAUGGACUUGGACCAUUCUAUAGGAACUCAGUAUAGUGCCAACCCACCUGUUACAAUUGAUGUACCAAUGACAGACAUGACAUCUGGCUUGAUGGGGCAUAGCCAGUUGACUACCAUUGAUCAGUCAGAACUGAGUUCUCAACUUGGUUUGAGCUUAGGGGGUGGCACCAUCCUGCCACCUGCCCAGUCACCUGAGGAUCGUCUUUCAACCACCCCUUCACCUACUAGUUCACUUCAUGAGGAUGGUGUUGAGGAUUUCCGGAGGCUUCCCAGCCAGAAGACAGUUGUGGUAGAAGCAGGGAAAAAACAGAAGGCGCCAAAGAAGAGAAGGAAGAAAGAUCCUAAUGAACCUCAAAAACCAGUUUCAGCAUAUGCUUUAUUUUUUCGUGAUACACAGGCUGCCAUCAAGGGACAGAAUCCCAAUGCCACUUUUGGGGAGGUUUCAAAAAUUGUGGCCUCUAUGUGGGACAGUCUGGGAGAAGAGCAGAAACAGGUUUAUAAGCGGAAAACUGAAGCUGCCAAGAAAGAGUAUCUGAAGGCUCUGGCUGCUUAUAAAGACAACCAGGAGUGUCAGGCCACUGUGGAAACAGUAGAAUUGGAUCCAGUGCCACCCGCACAGACUCCUUCUCCACCUCCUAUGGCUACUGUUGACCCAGCAUCUCCAGCACCAGCCCCAACAGAGCCACCUGCUCUGUCCCCUUCCAUUGUUGUUAACUCCACUCUUUCAUCGUAUGUUGCAAACCAGGCAUCUUCAGGGGCUGGGGGCCAGCCCAAUAUCACCAAGUUGAUUAUCACCAAACAGAUGCUGCCCUCUUCUAUUACCAUGUCUCAAGGAGGGAUGGUUACCGUUAUCCCAGCCACAGUGGUGACCUCCCGGGGGCUCCAGCUAGGCCAGACCAGUACAGCUACUAUCCAGCCCAGCCAGCAAGCCCAGAUUGUCACUCGGUCAGUGUUGCAGGCAGCAGCAGCAGCUGCUGCUUCUAUGCAACUGCCUCCACCCCGACUACAGCCCCCUCCAUUACAACAGAUGCCUCAACCCCCCACUCAGCAGCAAGUGACCAUUCUGCAGCAGCCUCCCCCACUGCAGGCCAUGCAACAGCCUCCACCUCAGAAAGUUCGAUUCAAUUUACAGCAACAGCCACCACCUCUGCAGAUCAAGAUUGUGCCUCGGCCCACUCUGAAAAUGCAAACUACUUUAGUCCCACCAACUGUGGAAAGUAGUCCUGAGCGGCCUAUGAACAGUAGCCCUGAAGCCCAUACAGUGGAGGCAACCUCUCCUGAGACAAUCUGUGAGAUGAUCACAGAUGUAGUUCCUGAGGUUGAGUCUCCUUCUCAGAUGGAUGUUGAAUUGGUGAGUGCCUCUCCUGUGCCACUCUCCCCCCAGCCUCGAUGUGUGAGGUCAGGGUGUGAGAACCCUCCCGUUGUGAGUAAGGACUGGGACAAUGAGUACUGCAGCAAUGAGUGUGUGGUGAAGCACUGCAGGGAUGUAUUCUUGGCCUGGGUAGCCUCUAGAAAUUCAAACACAGUGGUAUUUGUGAAAUAAUCCUUCUUGUUCUCCAAGCCAGUGAAGACUUCUGUGCUGGGAGUAUGUCCAGGAGCCUGUUUUUGAAACACAAGCUGGGCUUCUGGUGGUGCCUGAUCUCAACCUGAUGACCCUUCCUGCUUCUCCCCUUUUCCUUCAACAGGAGUCAGACUAUGGAGCAGGGUCCUUGAGUUUGCUGUAAUCUGGAAUUGCUUUUUAUUUUCAAGUACAAGCAGAAAUACCAGUGAUGAUAGCAGAGGAAAGGGUGAAAGGAGUAUGGACAAGCAGAAAAUACGGAUGAUAGGGUGGUGGUGGGUGAUGUUUGAGGAAAUCUGUUGGUAUAACUGUCAUAGGACUUGCCUAAAAGAUUAUUACAAUGAUGGGAGAGUACUCAGCUUUGAGCCUAGGAAAAAACAACACUGUGUGCAUCCAUUUUAAAGGGAACGCAAAGUUGCAUUCUAGUGUUGAAACAGGAACUGUUACUAUCACAACUGUCACAUCUACGUAUGACUUUGAAAACAAAGGUUUUCAACAUACCAGGCACACUGAGCUAUAGGGGAAAUAACACCACCUAGGAGUUUCCUUACAAAUAAUAUUGUUUAUGUAGUCUUAUCUGAGUUCUCACAGCUUAUGUGUGUAAGAGGCAGAACCUACAUCCUUAAAUUAAUAUAAGAGGUUUCACCAAAGUCUAAAGAAGUUGCGUUCACUUGUAUUUGAUGAAAUAUCUUUUAAAGACAGGCCAGAGGUGUCUUCACUUACAUAAUAUAUAGGCUAAUGCUCUAUAUACCCUAGGUAGUUAUUUAAUCUGAAAAGAUGUGCUUAUUUAAUUUUCCUGGGAAAUAAGCUAAAAAUUAAGACUAACAGAGGUCACAUAGUUGUAACAAAAUAAGCAGACGUUUACAGCAUUAUAGCCCUAACAGUGAUAACCCAAAACCAAACCCGCUCCCGUCAAGUUGAUUCUGACUCAUAGUGACCCUAAAGGACAGUAGACCGCCCCACAGGGUUUCCAAGGAGCGCCUGGUGGAUUCAAACUGCCGACCGUUUAGUUAGCAGCCGCAGCUCUUAAUCACUAUGCCACCAGGGUUUCUGUGCUAACUUAAGUGAAACUCAGAUUUUACCUUGAGAAAUGCUAUGCUGGAGAACCCCCUUCUUAACUACCAUGUUCACAUAGUAAUAAUUGCUAUUCACUUUGAUUCCAUACAGUCCUGUUUUAUAAUAAUAACAUUUGAAUAUUUUACAUGCAUUCAUUUAAUCCAUUUAAUUUGGACCCUUAAAACCACCCAAGGUUGAGGUUGGUAAUAUUCCCAUUUUACAUGUAAGGAGUUAUACAUACUGAGAGAUCAAUUGUACAAGAUCACAUACUAUUAAGUGACAGAGCCAGGAUUUAACCCUGAAAUCCCAACUACAAUACAAACUUUUAUUUAAAUAAGGAAAGAAGCUAUUGUACAAUGAUAUUACUCUUCAGGUGUAGCCUGCAGAGCCAUGGCUGUGGAUCCUUAUCUCUGUAAGGAAGUGCUUCUAUAAAUUCUUAGGUUUAGAGAUGAUACCAUCUGGAUACCUUUGCUUGAACCGGGCAACUACAUCUGGGUCUAGUAGGUGGAUCCCAUCCAGUUGGUUCCCAAGGGUGAUCCUGAAACAAGGGGGAGAAAAGGGAAAACAGAAAUCCUAGAAUUAAAGGGCUUAAUAUUGUUAGAUGUGUAUCUUUUGCCAAGACUGCCCAUCAUCUCAUCAAAUAUUCAUACCAUUCUUUUAACAUUAGAACAGUAUAUGAUAGCAUG